GACUGUGGUCGAUGUUGGAUGCGAGUAGAGUGACUUGUGAUAAUGAUGUGGAUGAGAGGCUUUAUCCCCUUGGUGGCAUUAGGGGCGGUUUUGGUGCAAACAGCUGGGGGAUUCCAAAUUCCCACGUAUUUGAAAAAUAGAUAUCAUCUGACCAAUGCUGUAACCCCUGCAUAUCUUUACGACAAUGGACCUUACCAAAGCUCAGGAUCUCCUUAUAAGACAGACUACCACUAUAAGACAAAAACAAAAACAAAGACGUCUUAUAGCAGUUCCAAGAAUACUUUUCACACUGGAUCACGCGGUUAUGCUGGAGGAUGUAUAUCCCAGCCUCCGACACCGCCAAAUUCAAAAAUGAUGUGCUCCAGCUACAGCGGUUGCAAAGUUACCUGUCAACCUAACUACCAAUUCGCAACUGGAGACACCCAGCUCACGUACACGUGCGCGAACGGAAACUGGUUGAUUGAAGGAGGAUUUGUAGAUGUUGUAGCAUGUCAACCAAUUUGUCUUCCGCCUUGCCAAAACAGCGGCAUAUGCGUAGCCCCAAAUCAAUGCAGUUGUCAUGAGAACUUUUCCGGGCCUCAAUGUCAGUUCGAAAACAAGCCGUGUCUGAACCUUCCACCGAUGCCGUUGAACUCAAAGAGAAUUUGCAAAACUCAACAAUGUACUGUGGAGUGUGUGACUGGUCACAAGUUCCCAGAUGGUUCUGACAUAGCUCAGAUGGUCUGCAACAACGGGAUGUGGGUUCCUACCAAAGACAAAUGGGUUACCAUUCCAGAUUGCCAGCCCAUUUGCGAUCCACCGUGCCAAAAUGGAGGAAACUGUCUAUCUUUCAACGCGUGCCAAUGUCCGAUAGAUUACAGAGGACCGCAAUGUCAAUAUCAUGUGGAGGAAUGUAGCGCGAAGAAACUGCCAACUAAUGCCGGGUACAACUGCUCCGGAAACGCAGAAUCAUUUAGCUGUUCAAUUCACUGUCCAGAAGGGAUUCAAUUCGAGUUUCAGCCUGAAGCAGCUUACACAUGCUACUACGCCACUGGAAUAUUCCAGCCCAUCCCUGUACCUAAGUGCAUCUAUCCUGAGCAUGUCGACGUCAUCAUGGUCCCUGAGUCUCACGUCUUCGAAAUACCAGCUAGCAACUAUACUGUCUUCAGCCAUAUCCCUUAUGAUAAUAAUCCCUUCUUUGUUCAACCAACACUUCCGCCCAGUGCACAGAGCAACGUUCUUUUCGUCGAACCUGGUCAUCAUGGCAUUAACGAGCAUCAAAUUGUUCAAGUGAAAGAAAGACUUCCGAAACCAGGCACCUGUUUCUUCUGGUCAGGAUCUCACUACAAGACAUUCGAUUCACAAAUAUACAGCUUCGUUUCCAAAUGUGCCCAUUUUCUGGUACGAGAACCAGUAGACAACACGUUCAGCAUAGUGACCCAAAACCAUGAGGACUGCUUCUUGAAUCCGAUCAACUGCUACGUGAUCACCAAGAUCUACCUGCAAGACAGACAGUACAUCUUGAAGAGAUCUCCGGAAGGUUUUCCCAUUUUCGCUACUCCAAAUAAGGUGAUGCCCAUUCCUGGCCAAGCACCUGGCAUCAGAGUCGAGAUGGCAGCACACUACAUCGUGGUCUUGUUGGACAGCGUUGGAGCCAAGAUCAAGUGGGAUGGACAGCAACUUGUGCAAAUUGAAGUUCUGGAGAGUCUAUGGAACAGAACAGAUGGUUUAUGUGGUAGAUUAGAUGGUUACCCCCAAAAUGACAUCAUGACCAGUUAUGGCCAGAAGCCAAGGAAUAUCGCAACGUUUGCUUCAAGCUGGAAAGCUGAUUCAAUAGACGAUGUUUGUGAUGAAGACCCCACUGAACAUACAGUUUGUCAAGAUACCGGAAUCAUCGAUUCUUUGGAACACAAAGCAAUGGAGUUCUGUAAGAGUUUGCUUACUAAACCCAGAUUUGCAGCUUGCCAACAGUUGAUCGACACAUCUAUCUUGCUGGACACAUGCAGAUCCGACUAUUGUAACUGCAAGGAAAACGACAAAACCGUAUGCGCUUGUGAAACCAUCAACGUUUUUGUAAGAGAGUGUACUCACAAAGGGGUCCAAGGACUUACGAGCUGGAGAGAUAGUGAUACGUGCCCAAUGCACUGCAGUGGAGGAAAGACAUACAAAUCCUGUGGACCAGCGAAGGGUCAAGAAGGUUGUGGUGCAUUUGUGGGACAAGCGAAUGAGGAGGAAUGUGUGGAAGGCUGUUUCUGUCCUGAAGGGACAGUUCUGCAUGAAGAUAGAUGCAUCACUAAGGACAAAUGCCCUUGCAUGCUUAGAGGAAAGACCUUCGCGCCUGGAGCAGUCGUACCGAAGGAUUGCAAUACUUGCACCUGUGAUAAGGGGCAGUGGGUCUGCACUGAGGUAGCUUGCGGAGCACGGUGUUCAGCUGUAGGUGAUCCACAUUACGUCACCUUUGAUGGGAAACAAUACGACUUCAUGGGUCAAUGCUCGUACUACUUGGUGAAAGCUGACAACUUCUCUAUCGAAGCUGAAAAUGUACCUUGUGCUGGAUCCAUCUCAAAAGCAAUGAAUUUCCCUGCGAGCCUGGCAGUUGGAAUGCCGUCAUGCACCAAAACAGUAACCAUCAGGGUGAACGAUCAAGUUAUCAAGUUGAAGCAAAACCAUGAAAUUGUGGUCAAUGGUGAAGACAUUACCAAAAUUCCUUACACCAUUGGCGGCGUGAAUAUCCGAAGUAUAUCCUCAGUAUUCUUAAUGACAAAAUUGCUCAAUGGAAUUGAGAUCUGGUGGGAUGGCGUAACCAGAGUUUACAUUGACGUUCCGGCAGACUUUAAGGGCAAAACUAGGGGGUUAUGUGGAACUUUCAACAGCAACCAAAAGGACGACUUCCUAACACCUGAAAAUGACGUAGAGCAAGCAGUCAUACCGUUUGCUAACAAAUGGAAAACUCAAGAAAUGUGCAACGAUAUUCCUGAUAUCGUUCCUACCCAUCCGUGUGAUAAGAACAUGCAAAAGAAACCUGACGCCGAGAAAUACUGUUCCAAAAUAAAAUCUGAGAUCUUCAAAGAUUGCCACUGGAUGGUUGAUCCAAACCAAUUUUACCAAGAUUGUCUAUUUGAUGUAUGUUCUUGCGAAUUGAAGAUAUCGAAAUGUCUCUGCCCUAUGGUCUCAAAUUACGCUACUGAAUGCUCUCGUAAGGGUGUGAAAAUUGACUGGCGUAAAGACAUAAGAGAAUGUGGGGUCCAUUGUCCCGGCGGUCAACAAUAUCAGGUUUGUGGAAACUCAUGUACAAGAACAUGUUUCGACAUCUCAUUGGACCCAGAUUGUAAGCCCCAAUGCGCUGAAGGCUGCAAUUGUCCUGAAGGAGAAGCCAUGGAUGAUAAUGGUGAAUGUAUUCCUAUAGGGCAGUGCAAAUGUCAACAUGACGGAAUCGAGUUUCCACCUGGAUACAAGGAAGUCAGACCUGCACCUGAUGGACAAGAGCUCUGCACAUGCAUGAACGCAGUAUGGAAAUGCAGUCCAGCUACUCCACAUGAAAUAACAGAAUUCCCAAGAUCAGAAGACAUAAAGACAAAAUGCGAUGCCUCAAAGAACUUUGAGUUCACCACUUGUGAAAACGUAGAACCAGUCACUUGCAAGAAUAUGCAUUCGCCUGAGUACUUCUCAGUGUCAGUAUGCCACGCAGGCUGUCAAUGUAAAGAGGGAUACGUCCUGGAUACCACCUCCAAAAUAUGCGUGAAGCCAACAGAUUGCCCAUGUCAUCAUGGAGGAAGGAGCUACAAGGAAAAGUCGACUGUCCAGAGUGACUGCAACACUUGCAUAUGUCAGAACGGAAAAUGGAACUGCACCGACAGGAUUUGCUCAGCAGAAUGCAGUGCUUGGGGAGAUUCACAUUACAAGACGUUCGAUGGCAAGCAUUUCGACUAUCAAGGUCAAUGUGACUACGUACUGGCUAAAGGCCAUUCUGGAAGCGACUCUUUCGACAUCACUAUCCAGAACGUACCUUGUGGAUCCCUCGGGACAUCCUGCUCCAAGGCAGUAACACUGAGGCUGACUUCCGGUGAAGACUCUGAGACCAUAGCGAUGUCAAAAGAAAAAGUUGUGCCGAAAUAUACGACGUACAAGCACGUGGUCGUGAGAGAGAAGGGACUUUACGUCAUUGUGGAAGCGCCAGAUUUGGGACUUGUGGUACACUGGGACAAAGGAACCAGGGUCUAUGUGAAAGUUGAUCCUAGAUGGAAAGAUAAGACCAAAGGACUCUGUGGCAACUACAACGACAAUGACAUGGACGACUUCCAAACUCCAUCAGGCGGUUUGACAGAAGUUUCUGCUAAUCUAUUUGGUGACUCUUGGCGGCUGCAGUCUUAUUGUCCUGAAGCACUGGAGAUAACUGACACAUGCGCAGACCGUCCGGACCGAAAAACGUGGGCGAUGAAAAAAUGUGGAAUGAUGAAGUCCGCCGUGUUCGCCGCUUGUCACAACGAAGUGCCCGUCGAACAGUACUUUGACAAGUGCGUAUUUGACAGCUGCGCAUGCGACCAAGGCGGCGACUGCGAAUGCCUCUGCACCGCUCUGGCGGCCUACGCGCAAGAAUGCAACAACAGAGGAGUGCCUGUUAAGUGGAGGUCGCAACAGCUUUGUCCGAUGCAAUGUGACCAACGUUGCACAACGUACAGUCCCUGCGUAUCCACUUGCCCAGAAGAAACCUGCGAUAACCUCCUGAUGAGCAAGAAACUAUCGAAGACCUGCAGUGAAGAUGCUUGCGUUGAAGGUUGUGCUCCAAAACCUUGUCCACCUGAUUACAUCUACUCCAACUCUUCCCUUUUGGAGUGCGUACCUAGGAACGUGUGCAUACCUAUCUGUAUGGAGGUCGAUAACACGACUUACUAUGAAGGCGACCUCAUGGAGGAAGAUGAGUGUCACAGUUGCUAUUGCUCGAUGCAGGAAAAAAUUUGCAAGGGACAACCAUGCACUACGAUCAGUCCAACAAAAGCUCCACUGUUCACUCCUCCGCCCAUGGACAAGAUGGUGGAAUGCAAUUCUGGAUGGACCGGCUGGAUAAACCAAGACAAGUCAGCUGGGGUCAAGACCAAAUCCAGAUAUAAGAAGAAGGAGUAUGAACCGUUGCCCACGACGCUGGUCUUGAAUCACCUGAAAGAAACCAGUAGAUGUAACAUAAGCGAAAUGAUAGAUAUAGAAUGUAGAACAGUUGGGUCACAAAUACCAGCCAAAGAGACUGGUCUAGAUGUCGAAUGCAGCCUAGAGAGGGGCUUGGUAUGUAAAUCUACGACCAAGGGAGCCAUGUGUCCUGAUUUUGAAAUACGUGUACUGUGCAAAUGUGACGAGAUUCCACAGGCCUGCGACCUCGACAUGCCAAUCAAAGAACACCCAACUGACUGCUUCAAGUUUUACGAAUGCGCCUCAGGUAUGGACGGCAACCAAUUGAUAGAAAAAACCUGUGGUCCGACUAUGAUGUAUCACCCUGAAAAGAAAGUGUGCGAUUGGCCAGAAGCAGUCGCAGCUAUCAAGGAGUCCUGCAAAACACCUGCUAAAGAAGAAGAGAGAACUGAGGACCUAACUGGAUGUCCACCUGGAACAACUCUGCAUCCCUGCGCGAUAGAAUGCGACCGUCUCUGCCUGUACUACUCGACUCUAGUGAAGAGGAAGGGGCUAUGUCAAGGUGACACCAGCUGUGAACCUGGUUGUGUAGCAUUAGAUAGGAAAACCUGUCCUGUAGGUCAGAAAUACGCCGAUGAAAAUACCUGCGUGACUUUGGAUGAAUGUCUCUGUGCUACAGAGCAAGGUGAUCCCGUAGGACCUGGGAAGAUUGUCGAAGAACAGAAUUGCAGGACUUGUCAGUGCGUCCACAAUCACUAUUCUUGUCAAGAGAGCACUUGUGAACCUGAGGAGCCUAGGAUGGACAAGAUUGAGAUAAUGCCUGUGGUUGUAGUACCAUUCACGAUGCCGCCUAUAGCACCUAGCGUGACUCCUCCCGAAGAUUGCGAUGAAAGCAGAUAUGUCGAUCUUAUACAAGGUGAUCAACCUCUACCAGAUGAAGCCUUCAACGCUAGCAGUGUGUUGAGUGACCAUUUUGCUCCUUAUAAUGCUCGCAUUAACAGUAGGGUGACACCAAAAUCUGGGGGAAGCUGGGCGCCAAAGUAUAGCAAUCAAGAGCAAUAUCUGGAGAUAAAUCUGGGAAAACAGGAAGCAGUUUAUGGCGUCGUAGUUAGAGGAAGCCCACUUUACGAUGAGUAUGUUACCAGCUACAAGGUCAUGUAUAGCCCAGAUGGUGCCAGCUUCUAUUUCAUACUCAAUGAUGAAAACUACCCAAUGAUCUUCAGAGGCUCAAUGGACACCACAAAACCAAUCCGACAAAUCUUCAAAGUUCCGAUAGAAGCUAAGAUCAUUCACAUCAACCCCCAAACUUGGAAUAACGGAAUUUCUUUGAGGGUAGAACUUAUCGGAUGCUCUGAAGAAAAACCUUCUACCCCAUCAUCCGUCAGCUUUGGCCCAAUAACUGUAAAAACGACAAUGAAACCCCAAUAUUGCGACGACUCAAUGGGCAUUGACGAUGGCUCAUUGUCAGAACAGCAGAUUUCUGUUAGUUCUGAGUUGUCACCGGAUCGCAGUAAAAAGCAUUUGAAACUAUCUAGCGACUCUGCCUGGCAACCGCUCACCAACUCGCCUACAGAAUGGAUCUUAUUCGAUUUCUUGGAACCCAGAAAUAUAACGGGCAUAGUAACUAAAGGUGGAGAAAAAGGUUGGGUAACGGCCUACAAAAUCGAAUACAGCAACAACAAAGUAGAUUGGAACCCAAUUGUGGACGAUAAGAAAGAACCAAAAAUAUUCCUUGCCAACUUUAACCAGAAUCUACCACAAACCAACAACUUUGAACUUCCUAUUAGUAUGCGAUACUUGAAGGUCAUCCCGGUGAAAUGGCAGGAUAAUAUUCAGAUGAGGGUGGAGAUACAUGGAUGUUACAAACCGUAUCCGUCAUUGCCUCCUAUGACGUCACCAGUUCCAUCGUCUUGUAACAACUGUCCAGGGGUGGAAGAAACGCCCAUCGAAAUGGACGCCUGCAGAUGCUUGGUGGACCAAUGGUGGGAUGGGAAAAAUUGUGUCAACAGGACUAUGUGUCCAUGCUUAGUUGGACACAUACCAUAUGCCGUUGGUAGUGUUUUUGGCAAAGACGACUGUUCAGAAUGCAUUUGUAAGAUUGGAGGUGUGGCGUAUUGUACUCCGAAAAAAUGUGAGCCCUGCAAGGAGGGUAUGAAAAGUACCGUGACCAGCACCUGUAGUUGUACGUGUCAACCAUGUCCAGAAGGUACCAAACUGUGUCCCACCAGCAAUGUUUGUCUCAAUGAGACCUUGUGGUGUAACGGCGUGCAAGAGUGCCCAGAUGAUGAGACAGGUUGUGUUACAUCCACAAUUGAACCUCUAAUUCGACCAGUCACUUCGAAACCAACUGAAAACGCCGGCAAAAAAGGAAUAGUUUGCAAGGAAGUUGUAUGUCCGCCUGGUUACAAGAAAAUACCUGUCUCCAAUAACAAGUACAUUUCCUCAAUGAUCGUCGGAAAUGUCAAAACGAAGUCAAGAAGUACCUACAGCGGGGUCAAGACGAGUGUCUAUAGAGCUACCAAGAAACAACCACUAAAGCGCCCCAUUCCAGUUCUGACGGACAUAGCAAACACCAAGACUACCAAGGUGUGCAAAGAGUACACCUGCGUGCCUACUAAACCACCUUCCUUCCCUUGCCCCACCGUACACUGUCCAAACAACUACAUCCCAGUGUUUGAAGACACUGUUGUGAAGGAGAAGUGCCCGAAGUAUUCUUGCUUCCCUCCUCCGAAACCUGAUGCUGUAUGCAACGUUACUGGAAGAACGUUUAGUACUUUCGAUGAUGUUGAAUAUAGGUACGAUAUCUGCAACCAUGUUCUGGCUCGAGAUUUGGAGGCUGACGAAUGGGACGUAUCACUGAAGAAAAAUUGUACCACCACCUGUUCGAGAGACUUGAUGAUCCGUCACAAAGACCAUUACUUCGUGAUCCGGCCAGAUCUUUCGUUGGAAUUUGACGGUUAUCGCUACUCCGUAGAACAAACCAAGAACAUAGGAGAACAAAACCAAGCAUUCAGGAUCACUCAAUUGGGCAACACUUUACUAUUCACCUCGAGUCGCUAUGGAUUCUGGGUCAUUUGGAACAAGCUUGGCGACGUCAGGCUUGGCGUGGUCUCCAAGUUGACUGGAAAAGUUGACGGUAUGUGCGGAUUCUUCAACGACAAUCCAUCAGAUGACAAGAGAAAACCAGACGGAAGCAAAGCGAAAACGACGGAAGAAUUUGGAGACAGUUGGGCAUUAGAAAACGAUCAACCCAUCAUAUGCGAGGCAAAAGCAUGUCCACAAGAUCUACAAGACAAGGCUUGGCAAAUGUGCAAUAGAGUCAAGGAACGAUCUUUGUCACCAUGUGCCAGAGUCCUGAAUAUGGAUUUCUUCAUAUCGCGUUGUUUGGAGAGCACUUGCUCAUGUCUACAACAGUCUGGCAACAACCACACAACUGAAGAAGAAUGCAGAUGUCAGUCUAUGCAGUCCUUUGUAGUGGACUGUCUUUCAGCGGAUUCUAGUAUCGAUAUUUCUGACUGGAGGAUGCAACAAGAUUGUCCUGUCAGCUGUGAGCCACCUUUAGUUUACCACGACUGCUACCAGCGGAAAUGUGAGCCUACAUGUAAAUCAAUUUCUGAUCCAAGUCUCUGUCCCAAAAUCAACAACAUGUGCUUCCCUGGUUGUUACUGUCCAGCAGGAUACGUGCGAAAAGAUGAUCAAUGCAUCAAACCUUCAAGUUGCAGAGAUUGUGAAUGCAACUUGUUGCCGCACAUGCAAUAUGUGACGUACGAUGAAAGUAACUUUACUGUCAAUGGAAACUGUGUCUACGUAAUGUCAAGAGACGUUGUUCUUGGGGACCAAGGAGAUAAACACGCCUUCCAAGUUCUAGUCACUAACCACCCGUGCAAAAAUACUCCUUCGAAAAUGUGCGUGGGUAAAAUAACGAUUUUGUAUCAGGGCCACAAAAUCCAUAUUCUGUUAGACGAGUUUAGGAACAAGUUGAAGCUGAUAAUUGAUAGUGAGAGGGUGACUGAUUAUGACGAGAUUGCUGAUUGGGCUGCUGUUAAGGAAACUGCUACUAAGCAUAUGAAGUUUUUGCUCACGGCUGUACAAGUCGAGGUGUCCGUAUACUUUCCCUCACUCGGCGUAUCGGUGAAAGCUCCAUCGCACAAAUACCGCAACCGAUUAGAAGGGCUGUGCGGCAACUGCAACAGCGACCCUACCGACGACAUGAGGACCCCUAAGGGCGAAAGGGUGACUGAUGGAGAGGAAUUAGGACUCAGUUGGUUGUACGAGAACCUCCCUGGGGGACAGACGAGAGAGCAGUGCGCGCCGGCGAAGCAGGAAGAGUGCACGCCUUUGCCCGCUAGCGAAGAUCCGUGUGUCCAGCUCGUUGAUGUCAACAAAUUUGGACAGUGCCUGAAUGUGCUAGACCCAUCACUAUUCAUCGACUGGUGUAAAAAAGACACCUGCGGGGGCCACCCGGAACUCUCUUGCAGCGCGAUCGAGGCGUACGCCCGUGACUGCGCUCAUGCAGGCUUCUGCAUCCACUGGAGAAACGAGUACUGCCCCGCGAAGGCGUGCGCUCCGGGACAGUUGUACGACGCGUGCGGCGUCAGCCAACCAGAGACCUGCGAUAGCCUGAAGGUCAAGGGUAAAGGCGGAGCGAAGAAUAGUAGGCGGAGCAUGCCUACGGAGGGAUGCUAUUGUCCUGAAGGACAGGUAUUCCUGAACGACACAUGUGUAGACCCCAAAGACUGCGAAGUCUGUGACGAUGAGGGACAUCAUCCUGGUGAUACGUGGAAAAAAGACAAAUGUACCACAUGUGCUUGCGAAGGCACUAAAAUCAAAUGCGACACUCAGAAAUGUUCAGGUCCGAAGAUUUGCGAGAAGGGAUAUAAUGCUGUCAAGAUACCCACUAGCGAAGAGCAGUGCUGUGAAGAGUAUACUUGCGUACCCGAACCAACUGCUGGCCCUACUUGCGAACCCCCCCAAAAACUAGUCUGUGGUGAAGGGCAAAUCCUCAAACUCGACACAAAGCCCAGCGGUUGCCAAACGUUCAUCUGCGAAUGUAAACCGAAGGAAGACUGCGAGCCUGUUGACUUAGGUGAAACAUCUACGCUGGAACCAGGUUACGCCAAGGAGGUAGAUGAUUCAGGAUGUUGCCCCGUUGUCAAAAAGGUUUGCAAAAAAGAUCUGUGUCCUCCACCUAAGGAGUGCCCGGAAUACCACCUUUUGAAGACCUUGGAUGACAGAGAAGAAAAAUGCUGUCCAGUUUAUGUCUGUGAACCACCAAAAGAUAAGUGCAUCUACGAAACGAUGUAUACUGCAGCCACCAAAGGAGGAGAAAGACUGUUGACCAAGUUCGAGAAGCAGAAAUUGUUGAAGAAUGCAAAUGAAACGUGGUACGAUGGGCCUUGCAGAGAAUGUAAAUGCUCUAUUAGCGAUAUUGGCAACUACCAACCGUCGUGCUCUCGAACUGACUGCCCAUCUGUAAGAACACAUUCUGACUACCAGGACUAUGAACUCACGCUUUUGCCGAUUUUCGAACAGUGCUGCCCAGAAGUGAAACGAGUAGCAUGCAAAUAUAAUGGGAAAAUUCAUCAUAUAGGUGAAAAAUGGCCUAUAGGAAGAGAUUACUGCACAACUAUGGAGUGUGUCCAAACAUCAACAGGUAUAAUGAAAGAAACACGAGUGAAGAAUUGCGACAAAGACUGCGACAUAGGACACAAGUACUUCGAACCAAAUCCAGAACAGAAAGAAUGUUGUGGAAGUUGCAGACAAGUCGCUUGCGUACGCGAUGGAGUCGUUUAUCAAGUUGGAGAGGAGUGGACGUCUCCAGAUUAUUGCGUAAACUAUGCUUGCCGCGAUAGAAAUGGCAGUAUAGCUAUCCAGGGAUUAGUUGUGAACUGUCCCGCGGUUGAUGAAGAAAACUAUGUUUUCAAAUCAUAUCCUCCACUAGAAGGAGAUUGCUGUAAACAAUAUGUUGCAACUGCUUGCAAAGUUGGGGAACAAGUUUACCAGGUUGGCGAAAGUUGGCCAUCACCUGAUGGGGAUAAAUGCAAGAUCAUUAAAUGUGUCCAAAAGGAAAACCAAGGGAUAACAAAACAGGAAUCUUUACAAACAUGCAAGACGGAUUGCGCCAAAGGUUGGGAAUACAUGGAGUCCAACCAGGCCUGCUGCGGAGAAUGUGUCCAGGUUGCAUGCAUCGCAAACGGGCAGAUAAAAAAUCCGGGCGAAGUAUGGAAGUCCGAAGAUAAAUGUACCACUUACACGUGCGAAAACCUCGGAGGCGAAUUUUCGGUGGUGUCGAGCCAGGAAAGCUGCCCGACUUUGGAUGAAAACUGCCCGCCGGAGAACGUUUAUGAAAAAGGGUGCUGCAAGUUUUGUAAUGUCACUGUCGCAGAAUCUCAGAGUCUAUGUAAACCAGAACCAAUGAUGUCGGAUAAAACAAUUGGACUUCUGAACUAUACCCACGCACUACAUGGUGCAUGCAUCAAUAAGGAGCCUCUAACGGAUUUCCCAGAAUGCAUUGGAACUUGUUCGUCAUCAACCGUUUUCAACACAAAGUCCGGUUCACACGAAUCAGUUUGUUCCUGUUGCGUGGCCAUAUCGUACAAGACAAUCUCAGUGAAUCUGAAUUGCGAGGACGGCGAAAAAUGGACGAAAAAGAUCUCAGUACCAUCGCAGUGCGGUUGCGAAGCUUGCGCGGCAGGCUACAAAAAGCUGCCUAUGAAAAGUGCCGUAGAUUCAGGCAUCAAGACCAAGACUAAAACCUAUGGCUAAGUGAUCAAUGUCAUGUAUUGUUUUUAUUGUUUCGAUUAUAUAGACUUUUUUAUUUUUUCAGAAUAUUAAUAAAAGGUGUUAGUGAAA